CCUUCACCUCUCUGGGUUCCAGGUUUGCCAUUUGUCAAAGGCAGACUCACAGGUGUUCCCACCUCCCAGGGUUAGAGUAAGACUCGGGUCCUCAGUGUCAAGACAUUGGCACCCAUGUGGCAGACACUCAGGAGGGGGACUUAUUGCCAACAGGGGCGCUGGACAUCGAAGGAAAAAUAUGCAUGAGGGCCUGGAUUCAAACCCCAGCAUGAAGAAAACCAAAAUCUAAAACCAGGAUGGGAUACACACUACAGUGAAUUGGAGCACAGACUGCCUGGGUUCAGAUCCAAACUGCUCUACCACCUCGUGUGUGGCCACAGGGAACCUCUGGAAAUUGCACAAAUUCAAGAAUUUAAUGAGGCAUGGAGGAAGACACCAGGAACGUGGUGGGACCUUAGUAGCUAAUGUCAGAAGAAAGUGACUCUCUGAGAACCAGCCCUUCUGUGGCCUCACUCUCUGAAAAUGAACUGCCACCACCACCCGAGCCCCCCGGUUACGUGUGCUCACUGACGGAAGAACUGGUCACCAAAGCCCGGGAAGAGCUGCAGGAGAAGCCGGAGUGGAGACUUCGGGAUGUUCAGGCCCUCCGGGACAUGGUGCGGAAGGAGUACCCCAACCUGAGCACAUCCCUUGAGGACGCCUUCCUGCUGCGCUUCCUCCGAGCCCGCAAGUUUGACUACGACCGGGCCCUGCAGCUCCUGGUCAACUACCACAGCUGCCGCAGGAGCUGGCCCGAAGUCUUCAGUAACCUGAAGCCAUCGGCCCUAAAAGAUGUGCUGAGUUCUGGGUUCCUUACUGUGCUGCCCCACACUGACCCCAGGGGCUGCCACAUCCUCUGCAUCCGUCCAGACAGAUGGAUACCAAGCAACUAUCCAAUUACUGAAAACAUCCGAGCCAUAUACCUGACGUUAGAAAAACUCAUUCAGUCUGAAGAAACCCAGGUGAAUGGAAUUGUAAUUCUUGCAGACUACAAAGGAGUGAGCUUAUCAAAAGCAUCUCAUUUUGGCCCUUUUAUAGCCAAAAAGGUGAUUGGCAUCCUCCAGGAUGGGUUUCCCAUUCGGAUAAAAGCAGUCCAUGUAGUAAAUGAACCUCGGAUAUUUAAAGGCAUUUUUGCCAUCAUAAAACCAUUUCUGAAGGAGAAAAUAGCAAACAGAUUCUUCCUCCACGGGUCUGACCUGAACUCUCUUCACACAAACCUCCCAAGAAACAUCCUCCCCAAGGAGUAUGGGGGCACAGCGGGGGAGCUGGACACUGCCAGCUGGAGUGCCGUGCUCCUGGCCUCAGAGGACGACUUUGUGAAAGAGUUCUGCCAACCUGUCCCCACCUGUGACAGCAUCCUGGGCCAGGCACUACUGUCCGAAGGACUGGCCUCAGAUGUGCAGUGCGACGACUCCAUGCGGGCGGUGAAGUCACAGCUGUACUCCUGCUACUAGUCAGUCCCCCGGGAGUGUCGCCAUGUUUAAAUCUUUUCCCUUCGUCUUUAGAACUUACAGUCUGAGGCCUCAGUCUUGCUCCUUGUAAUGAAAGAGCAGCAUGAGGAACCGUCUGGAGACCUUUGAGGGUGAGCCCAGCUUGGGGUGAGCCUUUGGUUACUUGGAUUAUUCCAGGGAUGACAGGGAAAGUUUCCCCAGUGACCCCCACACAUUCACACUUGAAGUUGUAUCUAGUUCUUAGGCAUCCCGGAAGUAAGAAAGUCACUUUGAUCCCAAUUCCAGGAAAAGACAACACAAGUGGCCAGUCAGCACUACUCUUCUGAAACAAACUUGGCUGAACUUUUCAAGGAGGCCAUGCAAAGCUUUGGGAGUCUGCCUUUUACAAGAACUCUCGCUGUAAACCCGCUGCCAAUCAGGAAACUUCCCAUUCCAGGUCCAGUUCCCGGUGGCUGUCACUGGGUUUGGAAAGCACCUUGCCUGCACUAGGGGAGCACCAGGAUCUAGGCACUUCUUCCUGAUCAAAUUGAGAAGCCAGAGACUUCAAAGCCUCCCUGGGAUUCACUGGUUGAAUCUUGCAAUAGAAACAUCUCCCAAACCUAUAAAGCCUUAGCCCUGGUUCUCAGUUGAGUCAGACCAGGUCUUAAAAGUAUAUGAUCUUGGACUGGGGAUGUGGCUCAAGCGGUAGCGCGCUCGCCUGGCAUGCGUGCGGCCCGGGUUCGAUCCUCAGCACCACAUACAAACAAAGAUGUUGUGUCUGCCGAGAACUAAAAAAAAAAUAAAUAUUAAAAAAUUCUCUCAAAAAAAAAAAAAAAGUAUAUGAUCUUGCUCAGUGUAAAACACUGGAUUCUAGGCUUGUGAAGCUAAAGAAUUUUGGACUAGGAAUCAAGAGACCUGGGCUCCAGGUAUGUGACUGUGUGACUGUACACAAGACUCAGGCCCCCGUGGGUCUCAGCUUUCUCAUUUAUGAGGCUGGAUGAAAUCAUGUCAAAGGGCCCUUUUGGCACUGAGGUUCUGGUAUUUGGUUUAGCUACUGGUAGGUUAUCUUCCUGGAGAGAUGGCUAUCAGAUAGUGUUGGUCACAUCCUGGUUUUUAUCGAUACGAACAGACCUUUCCAUGGAGAAUUAGCGCCAUCUGGUCCUGUCUUUAAAGAAGCUAGUAUGUGCAUUCCUAGGACUCAGUGACCCAACUUCUUUUUUGUAGUGAUGGUUAAAAGGAUGGCUUGUGUGAGGUGGCCUGAAUGUUGUAGGAAUUCCUUCCAUCCUGAAAUCUGGGUAGGAUAUUGUAAACUCAGCUACAGUGGUUUUAGUACUUGGAUUUCUUAAAUCUCAUCCCUGAAAACAUACACACAUGGGCAGGUUGUUGCUGGGUCACCAAUGGGGCCUCUGCCCUCCCAGGCCCACUGAAGAUUGUCUUUCUGGUGUGGGAGGACCAGUUGCCCUGAAUGGCAGUUCUGUAUUUCAGCAUUUUAGAACCUUCCUGUCAAGACUUCGACCUUAGCCCAGCCAUCAAAUUAGGUGGUUCAUCUGAUGGUUUCUGACCUGUUUCCUUUCAUAUGUGAUCAAGAUGUCAAGUAGUGGCAAGUACUAUUUGUUGUGCCUGUACCUUCUCUGUACAUUUAUGAGAAUAAGCAGGCAAAGCAGACAGUUUCCUGAGGGAGAGAAACAGCCUCUGAAAUUCCAAGGUCUUCUAUUACUAAGCUAUUCAAGUUUACAGCACUUUCAGAAAUGCAUAAGUUGGUGGAAAUUAAUUUACUUACCUCAUUAAUGCCAAUUCCAUGGAAAGUUCUUUCCACCAUAGACACUAACCCUGAAUCCUCUAAGGUCCUGGCUGAGCUGGAAGUGUCAAAACGUACACCACUGGCUACCAGUGGGUGAAAGCGAUGUCACCAGCAUUGCUGAAAGACCUAGGCUUCAGUGGAAUGGCUGAAGGGCAUGGUUCAGAAUGCAGAGGCCCAGGUGGAAGUUGGUUAGACUCCCUUGGGUCCCAGAGAGAAGAGAAUGUGUGUGUGUGAAGUGGGGGACGCACACAGAAACAGCUAGACGGAGGGACGGAUGAACACUUGGCCCCUGCAUCAUGUUCCUGGCCAGUGGCCCUUGUCUACAUGACUAAACGCUGGAUGGCCAGGCUCACCUGGAGAAAUAGUUCAGAGGCAGGAAGGGAUGUUGCCUGUUUUCCCAGCCUUUCCCCUCAGGCGAGAGGCAUUGACCUAGUUCUGCCUGCCUCCUGGAGCUGCUGGGCAUCCUGCUGGCUCCAGAGAGAUCAAAUGGUCUUGGCACCUCAGGGAAUGGGAAGCAAGCUGUAAAUCCAGGACCUCCCUGGUGAAAAGCAAGGCAGAGCAGGCGGGCAACCAGCAGGGCACAGCAGGCCUGGCUUUGUGGUGGAGACACCUGAGGACUGGGGCAAGAGCCUUCCUUCAGGGAACUUUGGUUCAAACACCAGGCAUGAACUUUCCCCUGGGUACAGGUAGGGAGAUAUCGGGAAGGGACAGGGAUAGAAAUUAGGAGGAUUGAGUUCCAGCUACAUCUUGCCACGUAUGUGUCCUUGAACAAGCCAUUGAACACCCCUGAAUCAUCAUGACCCGGGAGACCUCUACUCUGAAUGCCAAACCUGUUUCUGGCAUCUGGCAGGCUUCACUGCCACAGUGACAACCCGCUUUUACUGCUAUCUGGGUUUUUAGGAAAUUUGGGUCUGAAUGUAUUGGUAAAGCUUCCAAAACAAAUUUGUUAGCUUGGGACAAUGGGAGUUUUCUCUUCCCCCAUUCCCCAUUCUUCCUAGAAACAUAGUCUACCUUUAUGGAGAGAAACAGAUGAAAUCUCUGGAAACAGCCAAAAAUGCAACCCUGGCUUCGCACACUGGCUUUCCUGCGUGGGACUACAGAAGGGGCUAUGGAUCCUUCCACUUCAUCCUGCUGGUGUGGUAGGAGGCAUUUCCCCUGAAUUCAAGACUUAUUGACUGGGCAGUGUUUAUAAAUGCUAUUUUCAGAUCAGUCAUGGGGUUUCUUUUUCAUUUGGCAGCCAUUGUGGCAUUAUUACAAUACCUCAUUUUAAAGUUGUCAGCUUUCCAGGUUUUCCUAUGAAACCUCCUUUCGUUCAGGAAGGGACGUGUCAACUAAUGUGUGGCCUUCCUGCAGCCGUGACAGCUUGGAGAUGCUCAGGAAGACUGUCAACCUGCUAGCACCCCUGAGCAUUGGCAGCUGUUAACUUUGAAAAUCUAAAUUCCUUUCUGCUCUCUUGACUCAGAAAUGGUUUGCUUGAAAUGCAAGAAACAAAUAUCAUCAAAUAUUCCCACUUAGCAGGAGCUUGCUUCAUGGGAAGGUCUGGUAUGACUCGUGGAUGGAGAUGAUUGGGAUGCAUUUACUGGUUUUCAGUUUAGCUUGUUUUCAAGAGAACUCUCAAGAAGGCAGCCUGUGUAGUCAGGUAGUAAGUUCUGGGCUCUUGUGGAUAUGCCUCUGAUACCACUCUGUUGGGAGCUGGGGUAAUUUCCUAACUAGGUUGGGUUAUCAUUUUAGCCACUGGUUGCAUUCCUUGCUUCAACCUGAAAUUCAGUGUAGCUUCGAGUGUGGGGACACAUGGUGGUGGCUUCAUCUACUUCAGUAUUUGUUUUGACCAAAAGUUUAUUUUUCUAGUGCAUUUUUCUAAGUCAAAGUGGUGAAAAAAAUAUGUAAUUUUAGUAUGCAUGACUGGGUCUUAAUAAAAAUCCCUGUAAGGAUGA